AUUAUGUAACCAUAACAGAGAAUGGGAACAUCAGCAAUGCGAGUACCAACUCGUAUGACUACAGCUAUGAGAGUUUAUUAUAUUAAUUACUUUAUUAGAAUGAUCCUAAUUUCUAAUCAGUAGCAAAUACGACUAAUUUAAAAUUUGUGGAUAGACCUGUUACAUAACAUGGAAUAAUUGGAGUCAAACCUACAACAGCAGGACCUGGUCGAUAAAUAUAAGAUAAAUCAUAUUAUUUAAAUCAAUUGAGAGAGAAGCAAAAGGAAAUAUUUAAUGAGAUUGAAAGAUUCAAAAAAUAAUAAGAAGAAAUUUAAAAAGCUAAUACACUUUAUGUUUAAUUUGAAAGAAGGUAUAUAAUUUAUAUUAUAGAUAUAUAGACAUGAAGAAUUGACAAAAGAAGUUAGAGAUCUUGAAGGCCAAUUAGCUGAUUAUAAUCUAGCAUUUGAUAAAUGGAGAGCCAAUACAAGACCAGAAGAUAUCAAAAAUAUUUUUGAAAGAAUCAAAGUUUUCAUAUUAUUUUUAUGUCUUAUAGAUUCAAAAUGAAAGAUAAAGAUCAUAAUUAGAUGACAUUUUCAUUGAGAGAAGAGGUUAAGAGGAUUAAAUUAAUUAAAUUGAAAAUCGAUUAAAUGAAUUAUAAUCAUUAGCUGAUAUGAAGUUACAAGAAUUAGAUCCAGAGUAAAGAAAUGAAUAUAUAAACUUGAUCAAUGAAAAUAAGUCUCUUUAAUAAGAAAUCAAUAAUCAAAAGGCAGAAUUAGAAGAAUUAAAUGCCAGAAUGCAAAAUGCAGAUAAUAGAUUGAGAAUGGAUGCUUAGAAAUUAAAAGGAUAAAUGUUAAAAGAAUAAAUUAAUGAAAUGGAAUCUAAAAAAAAUGAUUUAGAAGUUUAAUUAAAUGAAGCUAAUCUUACAUUCCCAGAAGCUAGAGAUAGAUUAUUAAAUAAAAUUAAAGAUGAUAAUGCUUUUAUUUAGAAUUCAGAAAAAAGAGUCAGAGAUAUUAGAAGAAAUAUAGAAAAUUAUGAAAAAAGAUUAAGAGAAUUGUAAACUGAAUUAGAAGAUAAAAAGUCUUAAGAAUAAGAUAAAUAGAAAUAUGAGAUAUUAUAUUAAAGAGAUUAAGAAAUGACUGAUUAUAUAAAUAACUUUGAUAAAACAAGACAAUAAGAAUUAGAAAAAGUAAAUUCUGUAGAAUAAACUAUUGUUGAAUUAUUAGGACAAUCUUCUAGAAUUGUUUAAGAUAUUAAAACAAUACCAUCUUUAACAGAUUAUGCUGGUUUAUCAGCUGAAGUAGAUUUUAAAGAUAAUCAAGUAAAAGAUUCUGAAAUGACUUUAAAAAAAUUAUAAGUAGUUUAUGAAUAAACUGUUUAAGAUUUAAAAAAGAUUGAAAGAGCUGAAGAAUAAUUACCGAUUGAAUUAUAACAAUAUAAAACAAAAUGCAAAUAAAUGUAAGAUGAAAUUGACUAAAAAUUCAAUAAAAUUGAUGAAUAUAAAGUUAAAGCUUAAGAUAAAAAGCUUAAGUUAGAAAAUCAAAAAAGAGAGUUAAACAAACUUAAAGAUGAAUAUACUUCUUAAGUAAGUAUCAAAAUCAUAUAUCUAGAGUUAAAAUAUGAAACAUGAAUUUGAUGUCAAAGAAAAGAAAUACACUAUGCAUGAAUAAUACAAUACUUUAGCUGAUUUAGAAAAGAAAGUCUCAUAAUUAGAAUCCUAAGCCAAUACUUUCUAAAUGUUUAUUGAAACCAAGUCUAAAGAUAUGAAUUUUGAAUAGUUAAAGAAAGAAUGUAUGGAUUUGAUGGACAAAAUUAAUAAAGUCUUGUGUAAGUCUUGAAAUCAAUAAUAAAUUAUGG